AUCCGCCCUCAGAGCCUGCCAGGACACACAUGUCUGUCCAGCCUCCACCUCCUUCCCUUUGCAAGAUUAAAACGGACCCAGCAGCCUGCACCUCCCUCCCUGCUGGGUCCUGCGUGGGGCAGGAGGAGCCGUCUGCACCCAUUGCCACUCUGUGCUACAGGACUCAUGAGAGGGAGGCAGGGAGUGUGACUAUAUACACCACAUAUUCACAUGAGAGAAGUGAAGAAAGCCAGCAGUGAAGAUGAAAAGCAACUGGAAAAUUACAGCUUUCUUUUACCUGUGUAGUUUUCUGUGGUCUUUCAUCUCAGCCACCAUCCAGCAACAAUCAAGACUACCAGUCAUUCUGGGUGCCAGUCAGAGAACUGAUCUCUGCCCAACAAUCAGGAUUGGCCAAGAUGACUUACCAGGCUUUGACCUGAUUUCUCAGUUCCAAAUAGAAAAAGCUGCUUCCCAAGGAAUAAUCCAGAGAGUAGUGGGCUCCACUUCUCUCCAAGUGGCUUACAAAUUGGGACCCAAUGUAGACUUCAGGAUCCCAACCAGUGCCAUAUAUUCCAAUGGAUUGCCUGACGAAUAUUCCUUUCUAACUACUUUUCGGAUGACUGGGGCCACGCUUCAGAAAUACUGGACUAUUUGGCAGAUUCAGGAUUCUUCAGGAAAAGAACAAGUUGGAGUGAAUCUUAAUGGUCAAAUGAAAAGUGUUGAGUUCUCUUAUAAAGGAGUGGAUGGAAGUCUCCAAACUGCAUCAUUUUUGCAUUUGCCUUUCUUGUUUGACUCCCAAUGGCACAAACUUAUGAUAAGUGUGGAAGCAAACAGUGUCACACUUUUUAUUGACUGUAUUAAAAUAGAAUCCUUAAACAUAAAACCAAAAGGGAAAAUCAGCAUUGAUGGCUUUGCUGUGCUUGGAAAACUUAAAAAUAAUCCUGAAAUUUCAGUUCCGUUCGAAAUCCAGUGGAUGGUGAUUCACUGCGACCCCCUGCGACCCCAGCGCGAAGGCUGUGGCGAGCUGCCGGCCCGGAUAAGCCAGACGGUGAUCGAGAGAGGUCUCCCUGGGCCACCAGGCCCCCCAGGUCCGCCAGGGCCACCAGGAGUUCCCGGUAUUGAUGGCAUUGAUGGGGAGAGAGGUCCUAAUGGCCCCCCUGGUCCACCGGGUCCAGAUGGGGAUGCAGUCAAACCAGGAUCCCCAGGCCUGCCUGGAGAGCCAGGAGCUGAUGGAUUCACAGGACCUGAUGGCUCAGGUGGAGCCACAGGACCAAAAGGACAGAAGGGUGAGCCAGGACUGCCAGGUGCUCGUGGACUUCCGGGUAAGGGGCUUCUUGGACCACCUGGUCCAGCUGGUGCAGCAGGACUUCCUGGGGAAGUAGGUCGUGCUGGUCCACCUGGAGAUCCAGGAAAAAGAGGGCCACCAGGGCCACCAGGACCACCAGGUCCUCGGGGAACAAUUGGCCUGCAAGAUGGUGACCCGUUGUGUCCCAAUGCUUGUCCACCUGGCCGCCCAGGACAUGCUGGCUUAAUGGGAAUGAAGGGACAGAAAGGUUCAAAAGGAGAGUCUGGUGAACCCGGAAAACAAGGUUAUAAGGGUGAAGAAGGGGACCAAGGACCCAGUGGUGAAGUGGGAGCUCAAGGCCCUCCAGGCAUUCUAGGUAUCAGAGGUAUAACUGGUAUAAUGGGACCUAAAGGCACCAAAGGAGCUCGUGGGCUUGAUGGUGAGCCUGGGCCCCAAGGUCUUCCUGGUGCACCUGGGGAUCAAGGACAGAGAGGUCCACUGGGAGAGGCAGGUCCGAAGGGAGAAAGAGGCCCUCAAGGUACAAGAGGAAUAAAUGGUCUCCCUGGGCCUAAAGGAGAGUCUGGUUUACCAGGAGUUGAUGGCCGGGAAGGGAUCCCUGGAAUGCCUGGAGCAAAAGGUGAACCAGGAAAACCUGGAGCUCCAGGUGAUGCAGGGCUUCAGGGAAUGCCAGGUUUACCAGGCUCUCCAGGUGUGAAAGGCAUUCCUGGCCCAAAGGGUAAUAGAGGUCCCCCUGGGAUGCCAGGUUUGAUGGGAAAUUCUGGUAAACCGGGUGAACAGGGACCAGAGGGAGAAGCAGGUCCAACAGGACCCCGAGGACCACCAGGUAGCAGAGGGGAGCCAGGUCCUGCGGGUCCUCCAGGUCUACCAGGAAAAUGGGGUCCCCAAGGUGAUAUUGGACUUCCUGGACUGCCAGGUCCUCCAGGCCUACCUGGUGGUAAGGGUGACCGGGGCUCAGUGGGGGAACCAGGACCUAAGGGUGAACAAGGUGCACCUGGAGCAGAAGGAGAUGGAGGAGAAAAGGGUCACUUAGGUGAUAUGGGAUUACCAGGAGCAAAGGGAGCUGUUGGUAAUCCUGGAGACCCUGGUUCCCGUGGGCCUGAGGGAAGUCGGGGACUGCCUGGCAUGGAAGGUCCACGAGGUUCACCUGGACCGCGAGGCUUGCAGGGUGAACAGGGUGCCCCAGGUCUGCCUGGCAGCCAAGGUCCAGCUGGAAAAGAACCAACCGAUCAGCACAUUAAGCAGGUUUGCAUGAGAGUCAUGCAAGAACAACUAGCUCAGCUGGCAGCCAGUCUUAAAAGGCCAGAAUUUGGUGCUCCAGGUCUUCCUGGCCGACCAGGGCCACCAGGUGCUCCAGGGCCUGCUGGCGAAAACGGCUUCCCAGGACAGCUUGGACCUCGUGGCUUGCCUGGCCUUAAAGGUCCCCCGGGUGAGAUUGGUCGUAAAGGUCCUAAAGGUGAACCAGGAGAAAGAGGAGAAAGAGGAUUUCCAGGCAGAGGACUGAAAGGUUACCCUGGACCAAGAGGUCUUCCAGGUGAACCAGGCAAACCCAGCUACGGCAGGGAAGGCCGUGAUGGUGAACGAGGUCUCCCUGGAGUGGCCGGUCAGCCUGGGGUUCCUGGUCCUCCCGGCCCUCCCGGCCCUCCCGGGUACUGCGAGCCGUCGUCUUGCAGAAUGGAAGCUGGACAGAGAGCUGGUAAGAACAUGAAAGGGCCGUGAACGGGCAACGAAAGUGCCACGAAGUGUCGGCAUCAAUUUACUUCCCGCACAGACAGCUGAGUAAAAAAUAAGGAAUGAAGGAGAAAUACAAACAAGAAGAAACCUUUCAACCAAGGUUGCAGUAAGGCAUUUUUAACACAGUGGUUGUACAUUCUUUCUAAAGGUGUACUUUAGCAACACAAGCUGGAACAAUGGUGCUUACAGAAAUACACAGGUGAUGCCUUCUGGCUCUUUUUCCCUUUGGGG